UCUAAGAAUGACAAUAAAAAUAUUCAAAAAGAAUCUUCAAUUGAAAAAAACAAUAUAUACAAUUUAGAGGAAUUCUUAGAUGAAGAAGAAGAGCCUUUAAAUCCUGGGGGCCAAGAAACUUUGCUUGACAAAUGUAACCUAGAAAAUAUCUGUUUUGCCCCAGGAGAAGGUAAAACACCAAUACAUUUGAUGCUUGACCAGUUUAGCGAUGAACUCUCAUUUCCUACACUUUUCUGUGGACAUGCUAAGCAAUUUCUUACAAAAUUCUCCUAUUCUGACCAGACGAAAAUACUACUCCAGCACAAAGACAGGCGAUUUGCAAGGACAGACUAUCUGUUGUAUACAUUUAAAAAACGUCAACUAAUCCAAUUAUCCAGUGCAAUUGCAACAUGUCUCAGAAAAAAGAGGAAUGAGGAUGGAAAAUAUACAGCUGGACAAGUAAGACAAGCAAAUUUUCUAGACCAGCUGAUUCGAAGUGACAUGGGAUUCCAUUUUCUUAGUAGAAUUGUAGGUUCACCUGCUUAUUGGAAGCACGAAAAGACAAAAUUACUGUGUAUGAUUCGCCAAUUUGGAAUCCCCACACUGUUUUUUACCGUGUCAGCAGCCGAAACAGCAUGGCCCGAAUUAAUCAAGGUAUUAGCACAAGUUGUUGAUCAAAAAGAUGUUACUCUAGAGGAGGCCGCGAGUAUGCCCUACUUAGAAAAAACUCGCUUAAUUAGAACAGAUCCGAUAACUUGUGCCAGAUACUUUGAUUAUCGGUUCAAACUGCUAUUUAAAUAUAUGAAGAGUCAAAAUGGACCCUUUAAACAAAAUCCCAUAGAGCAUCAUUAUUACCGCAUAGAAUUUCAACAUCGUGGGUCUCCUCAUGUUCACGGGUUAUUGUGGUUAUCAAAUGCUCCAAAAUUCCAAGAAACACCAGAAAGUUUCAAAGAGUGUGCCGAAUUCGCGAACAGGUAUAUUACCUGUAAUAGUGAUUUAGAAAGUGUCCGUGAUAUAAUUCAGUUUAAUACGCAUCAUCAUUCUAAAUCGUGUCAAAAAGAAGUGCGGGGAUACAAAGUUUGCAGGUAUGGUAUCCCAUACCUUCCAAUGGAUAAAUCGGUAAUUCUAACGCCAAUAAAAAUUGACAAAACCAAGGAAGCGGAUUUACGUAAGGCCAUGUCUGAAAAGUUUUUAAUGAUAAUGCGUAGGCUUAAGGAUAAACCAGAUUUAUCAUUUGAAAACUUUUUGGCUGACCUUGGUAUGUCUAAGGAUGAGUAUCUUAAUGUUAUACAGCACAACAUUUUUAAAACCACUUUAUUUUUAGAAAGGCUGCCAAAAGAUGGUUUUAUUAACAACUUUAAUGCUGAAAUGUUCUCCAUGAUGAAGAGCAACAUGGACAUUCAAUUAGUUUUUGAGCCAUAUGGUUGUUGCACCUACAUAGUCAACUAUAUCAAUAAGUCCCAAAGAGGUGUGUCUGAUAUUUUAAUGAAGACUAUGGAAGAAAUUAAAAAAGGUAAUUUAGAUGUUAAGGGCAAACUUAAAUCUCUUGCAGCAGCUUUCUUAAAUGCGAGCGAAGUAAGUGCCCAGGAAGCCGCCUACAGCGUGUUACAACUACCGAUGCAUGACACCUGUACCUCCUAUGUAUACAUCCAUACAAAUCCAAUCAGGGAAAGGACAAAAAUGUUGAAACCAUUAGCACAACUUAAAGAAAUGGACAAUGACGAUCCCAAUAUUUAUUGUGAUGGUCUUAUAGAACACUAUGAACAGCGGCCUGAUGAGAUGGAAAACAUAUGUUUGGCUGAGUUUGCGGCCUAUUAUGAUUUCUUUAAGAAACAAGCAGAAACAAAGGCUAAUGGUUUACCCUUAAAAGACGGAAGUGGCGUUUUAGUUAAAAGGGGUCAUGCUAAAAUUUUAGCCUACCGUAGUUAUGGACUUCAGCAAGACCCUCUUAACUAUUAUAGGGAACAAAUAAUGCUAUACAUCCCAUGGCGAAAUGAAGUGGAUGAAGUUGAAAAUGAGAACAUUGAUCAACAGACCAUAUACAAAGAUCGAUACCAAGAGAUUGUUGCAAAUCGACAAAAGUUCAAUGUCUUAGAUGAACAGGUAAUCGACGAAGCUCUGAAACUUGCCGAAGACCGAUCAAAUCAAUUAGACGAUGGUGGAUUCGGUGGAGAAAUAGAUGAUGAGUUUAUGCCUUAUGGACUAGACAACCCCAUUUAUGAUCCAUUCAAUCACAUCAUCGAUAAGAAAGACGACGAAGCGCCAGUAAAACAUAUCGCUUUCCCAACGCCUCAUCAGAUAAGCGAUUCAGAGUAUGAAGCCCUCAUAAGCAAACUGAAUCACAAGCAGUAUCAGUUCCUUAAUGUCGUGCAAGACAGUCUAAUUGAAGGGGAAACUUUCUACUGCACACUUAGUGGUCCAGCAGGUACAGGCAAAAGUCACCUGAUUACGGCAAUAACCCAGUCGUUAUUGCGCCAUUUCAACUCAAUACCGGGAAAUAAUCCUGAAAGUUUAAAAGUGUUACUUUGUGCGCCUACAGGUAAAGCGGCAUUUAAUAUCGGGGGUAUAACCUUACAUGCGGCAUUAUCGUUACCCGUUAGUCAGUAUGGUGAAGAACUAAUUCCGUUACACCAUGACACCGUUAAUACUAUAUAUUGUAAUUUGUAUGACUUAAAAUUAAUUAUCAUAGAUGAAUAUUCCAUGGUUGGCGCCAGAUUGUUUGACCAUAUUAACAGUAGAUUGCAGCAAAUCUUUAAAUCUGACGCCAUCUUUGGAAAUAUUUCAAUAAUUUUAUGCGGCGAUAAUCGCCAAUUACCCCCAGUAAGGGAUAUGUAUAUUUUUUGCCCAGUAAAAACAAAUCCGUAUAAAGAAUUAUGCGGAACGUAUCUGUGGGAUCAUUUUAAAUAUUUUGAACUUUCAGAAAUAAUGAGACAGAGUGAAGAUAAGUCUUUUGCAGUUGCCCUCAAUAAUAUGGCGUUUGGUAAAAUGACCGACGAAGAUGUGCAAUUGAUCAAGUCCAGGGAAGUCGACAGUAUUGACCAAAUUCCUGAAGACACUAUGCAUUUAUUUUGCACCAAUGCAGAAGUAGAUGCAUUCAAUGAAAUGAAACUGUCUACAUUUAAAACCGAGCGAGCCGUAAGUCAAGCCAGAGACGUUAUCAAAGGGAGUUGCUCAGAACGACUAAAAAAUUUAUUUCUGGAACACGCAAAAAGCUUAAAAAAGGGGGAGAGUUUUGGCCUAAUGUUAAAUUUAAUAUUGCAGGUAGAUGCCAAAUAUAUGAUUUCAAUGAAUGUGGACACCAGUGAUGGAAUAGUGAAUGGUGCAACAGGCAUCCUACGUCAAAUAGACUAUGACCGAAGUAAAAUUCCAUUCAGAGUGUGGAUGGAGUUCUUCGAUUCCAAGUCAGGCCAGGAAUGCCGCAAGAGAAACGAAUCCCUUAGGAAGUCUAUGGGUGUGUUAUACACUUGGACGCCCAUAGAAAGAGCUGCCAGAGCUGUUAAAAUUCAAAAAGGCAGCAAUGUUCACGUUGAGCGUCUUCAGUUUCCUCUUGUAAUCAGUGAAGGAAUUACAAUCCACAAGAGUCAAGGUGCCACCUACAAACAGGUGGCUGUUCACAUUGGAAAUCGCAUGACGAGAAUCAGUACCUAUGUUGCUUGUAGUCGGGCCACAAAGCUAAGUGGCCUCUACAUCAUUGGAAAUUAAGAUUGAAGACGAUAUUACUACUUUGAUACAACUCUGGUACCGCUCUUUCCAAAAAUAGACUGCCAACCUGUGGAGAAUAUAGAAAAAAGAACCUACGAGAGCAAUAUAUGCCCUAUACCCGCCUCCUCGACACCCUACCCUUAUCCGACGACUACACAUACUAUAUUAGCAGAGGCCGCCGCAGAAGAAUUUACCAAUACUAGUGUUUCUGAAGAGAGAAAUAAAAUGGAGUAAAAAAUUUCAUAAUUCUAGAUAAUUUUAUAAUUACGUUUUCUCAUUGUUGUCGUAAUAAUUAUUUUCCCUUUCGCUGUCAACUUAUGAAGCCUGAGGUUUGACUAAAAAUUAAAUAAUAGAUUACAAAUAACCAAUUUCGAAUACAGUAGAUUUUAAUUCUUAA